AAAUUACCCUAGCCUAGUGCAUUGCUGAAUGGUGGUGGUGUCUUUACAAAUGUGGCCAGAUUGGCAUGUUGCAGUAUUGGAUCACUCAUCUUCAUCCCUGGAGUGCUGGCAUGCUUUUUUCCCGCAGAUAAUCUGCGGGUGCUGAGCGAUGCAAUCAAUGGUGUACUGUUUCAAAACAAUGACAGAUUUCCUCCGCUAAUGUCAGCACUCUGUGCUGACAGCAUACAAAAUUUGAUUGGCAAUUCCCUGCAGCUCAUUCUUUUGUUCCAAGUACGAUCUUUUGUUACAAGGCCCAGGCUUUUGUCCAAUUUCAGGCACCCGGCCAUGUUACAGUGUCAAGGUCUCUGGUACUGGGAACCGACACUAAGUGGUUAAUAACCUUUUUUUUUUAUUUUGUUACAACAGUCCAAGGCCAUCCGUAUAACAACAAGCAGCCGGAAUGCAGAUACAAAUUAUCCUGUCUUAUUUGUUGUCAGACAACAGAAGAGUGUGCUCUCCUGGGCUGUGCCAUUUAUUAUACAGUCAGAGUAUACAUAUGAUGAAGUGAGCCACACUCUUUGUCCAGAAAAUGGAUUUACUCCAACUACUGCUCAUAAUAUCAGCAUUGAUGUGACCACAGCUUCCAUUAAGCAGGUUCAUUUCACAUUGUCAAUAAGUAUAAUCAGCGAUUUUGAACUCAGGACUCACUUGCCCAAGACAUUUGUGGUUAGUCCAUCAAAUCCAAAGUAUUAUACAUAUAGGUUCCCUCCAGACACUGAGUUCAUGAGAGUCAAAGCAAUAUCCACAUCAGAUGUCUGUACUGUCAUCUCAGUCCAGCCUGCCAAGUGCCCUGUGUAUGACCAGCAUCGCAAUGUUGAGUUUCUUGGUCAGUUUCAAACUGUUACAAAGCAAGGAGCCAUCACAGUGCAAAAAACAAAUUAUCCAGGUGGUUAUUUCUUUGUGGUUGUAGUGGUGCAGCCAACAGAUAAAGACUGUCUCGGAAAAGCUGUACACUUGGUGCCUAUACAAAACAUGACCUCCCAGUUUGUGUUACACAGUGACAAAAAUCGGAGCAAAGAGAUAACAAUAACUGUAGAAACGAUUUUACCAUUAUCUGAAUACUGGAAACCCAUUGUGACCACUGUGGCUGUGCUGUUGUCCUUUUACGUGAUAACUGGCUUCAUCAUACUUGUUCAAAGCAAAAGGAAAAAGGCACAAGAUUCUGAAAAUCUUGAGGAACAGGUCCGUAUAUUAGGUGAAGAAGAAAACAGAAACAGCAUUCCUUUUGCACAAAACCAAACUGCAGGCUCUUCAAAAUAUGGUACAGCAGGUGAUGUUUCUGGAAAUUCAGAAAUGAGAAGUCAUCCUCUGAGUCAAAUACCAGAACACGAGGCUGAUCUUGAUGAAGAUGACAUUGAUAUGUUGGAGGAUGUGAAUGAAGAAAAGGAAAUCUACAGAACUAAGACAGCCAUUUGUGUGGGUGAUCUUGCUCGUAAGAAACCCAAAACCUUGGAUCGCAAGUACAAGCUGUACUACUGGAAUAUCUUGACUAUUGCUGUAUUCUAUGCUUUGCCAGCUGUCCAGCUUGUCAUGACAUAUCAAGCAGUACUGAAUAUGUCAGGAAAUGAAGAUAUGUGCUACUAUAACUUCCUGUGCGCAAUGCCCCUUGGACAGAUUAGUGCUUUUAACAAUGUUUUUAGUAACAUUGGAUAUGUCAUGUUGGGCAUCCUGUACUUAAUGAUUGUGUGGAAGAAACAUCAUAUUCAUAAACAGGCUAUGACAUCAGACAGUGAGAAAGCAAAGACUUGUGGUAUACCGAAGCACUUUGGCAUGUUUUAUGCUUUGGGUAUUGCACUUGUCAUGGAGGGUGUGUUGAGUGCCAGUUACCAUGUCUGCCCUAACUCCUCCAACUACCAGUUUGAUACGGCCUUCAUGUACAUCAUAGCUGGCUUAGGAAUGUUGAUGUUGUAUCAACAAAGACAUCCUGAUGUCAAUGCCAAUGCCUAUGCAGCUUUUGCCACCUUUGCUGCUGUCAUUUUUGUUGCUUUUUUGGGGGUGGUGUUUGUAUCAAUUUACUUCUAUAUUGCCUUUGCGGUACUUCAUGUGAUCACCUGCUUAGCUGUUAGUACACAGAUCUACUACAUGGGAACAUGGAAAUUAGACCUUGGGAUGUUCAAAAGGGCCCUCAUUAUUAUUCGCACUGAACUCUGCAAGUGUGCCAAACCAGUUUAUAUUGAUCGAAUGAUUGUGCUCACUGUAGCAAACGCCAUCAAUUGGUCAAUGCUAGGUGGCUCUGACGUUGGGUUCAUGGAAGUAGUCAGUGGAUCUGCUUCAGAAUGGAUGACUGCUGGAGUCUGCAUGGAUUGAGUAGGGGUUAGAGAAUCCGGUGUCUUCUGGUCAGUGGUGUCUGGAACAAUCUGGGGCACUGGGUCUUGCUGGAUCAUCUCAGGCUGCUGGUUGAAGAUGUGUGGUUUCCCAGUAUCGGCAUCAAGAAGCUGAUCAAUGUGUCUGUGCCAGAUGGAGUCUGGGCCGACUUGAACCUCGUACGACAAGGGCCCAGUUUUGUUUUACAUCCAAUGAGGCUGACAAGUGCUGAAACUUUUUGCUCAUUAACAACUCCAUUGGCUUCAAAUACUGCUUGAGAUGCUCCACAUAUGUGGGCCAGUCCUCUUCUUUGCUGUUAAAUGGGUCAAUUCGACCAAUGAGUCCCGACACCAUAAUGUUCCCCGACUACACACGUGUGUAUGUUCACGUAUUAGCAAAACCUGACAGUGGUCCAGCAGCACAGUACCAUAUCACUGGCAGCUGCUACACAACACAUGCAGUCGGCAAGGCUUAAAUAUGUUAAAUAUAGACCCGUAUGCUCUAUACAGACACUAUGCAUUGCAUAUAAUAAGUCACAGUGGUUCAAGGGUUAAGAAGCAUUUGAAAGCAAAUGUGCGUUUGUAUCCAUUCAGUAUCAGAUUGUAUAAUUGUCAUGUAGAGAAUGUAGAGACCUUUCUUCACAUAGUUUUUCUUUUCAUGUUUUAAUGCUCUCAUGAAUGGUUGGCCCAAUUGGAGUGAAACCUUAUAUGUCAGUAUUCCAUCAUGUGUUACAGAUAAAAACUGAGCUAGGUGAUGUUAUAAUAAUGUCAUCAAUUGAAUUUUUUACAAAUUGUGUUUUUUUUAUUUUAAAAUUUUUGCAACAUAUCUUUCAAACUAAGCAAGGUGUUUAAAAAAGACUAUGCCAUUCAGAUGUGGAAGUAGUUCAAAAAAUUUUGUGACAUCUUUGAUGGCAUUAUCCUUGGAAAUUUUGUAGAUUUUUUGUCUGCUAAUCACCUGUACUCUUUACGCCCUUUUUACUCCACGUUUCCAAGUAUAUGCAUGUUAAUUACCUGUGCAUGUUAACUUUAUAUUAGGAAUGUAAAAAAGGCCCUAUGUUUGUUUUCAAACAAACAGAACAUCUCGUUUCUUUCCCCUUUUUUUGUUCUGGCCGUCAACUGUUGCAAUUUAUUAAAUCAGAUUGUUUCCAGACUUGCCAAACACUUAGAUAACCUGCCAAUGGUAGUAAUAGAAGAAAUUUGUCAGAUGACGUUAUCAAGAGACACAUGGCAUUAGAUUAAAGGUUCAGUUUUUCUCCAUAGGUUUUUGUACACGUUCUUCCACAGCCCAAGAAUUUUGUCCUUUUGUCAUUUUCAGUUGGCUUCUUAUAUUGUACACACUUAGACAUAUAUGCGUUAGAGAUGAAAGUUGAAGUGACAUCACGAUGACAUCAUUUGGUGUCAAGUUGCAGAAAAUUAAAGGUGUAAUUUUCAUAUCCACGUGUUUUUUGAAGUACAUGCACGAAUGUGACAUCAUCCGAUGAUAGGUCACUCAUGUGACAUUAAAUCUGUACCCUACAUCAGAGCACAAGUACAUAGAAGUAGUGAUUGGGUUAAAACCUUACAUGUACAUGUACUUGUACUUAGUUGGAAAUCAGUGGUUCUUAACACUGGAUUACAAAUAUUCCUAACAGUCUGAUUUUUUGUACUAAAAGUCAAAUGGAAAUCAUGUGACAUGAGAUUAAAGAUACAGGUUUUCUCUAUAGGUUUUGGGCACAUUUUCCACAUCAAUAGACUUUAGCAUUGCUAUUGAUAUUACCAAUGUUACCUGUAUUUGUUAAACACAUAGUUAAGUAGCUAGAAAGGGUCCCAGGAAAAAAUUAUAUCAGGUGUCUCUGACAUGACCUUAAAGGUUAAAAUUGAAACAUUUAAAACCCAUGUGUUCAGUGAUUGUUACACUAUUUCUUGUUAAUUUUACUUGAUUAAUAUUUGUAUUGUCACAUGAGUGUCAUUUUAGGCAGAUACCAGCACGUUAUAAAUCUUAUUACUAUUAUAAUUAUUAAAAUUAUAGCUUCUGAACUACACACUGUACAUGUUUGAUGGGGUUGACAUCUUGCGGGUACUUUACAGGGAAGUGUAUUGACAUGUGUGAUAAUGAUGUCAUCAGGUGACAAGUCACAUUACAUUUAGGUACACUUUUACAUGCACUGUCUGACUUGGUUGAAACCUUGCUGGUACUAGUAAUAAUUAGACAAGGAAGUGUUGGAGAUGAAAAUUUUCAUCAUGUAACAAUGAUGUCAUCUGGUGACAAUUAACGUGACAUUAAAGGUGCACUCUUCAAACUUUUAAAUCUGUUUAAUCACAGGAAUAUGAAACAUUGUGCAGUAAGUAUCACCACUUGUUGCAGAAACGAAGCACUGUUCUGUUUGUACCCAAACACAUUUCUUGUUUGGUCAGUUUGGUUAGGUUGGUUUAGAUCAGGUUGGGGCUUUUUCGUUUCUUCAACCAUACAGAGCACCUUUGUAGAAGCAAAAGUGAAUCUACUUGUUCUAACCCUGAUAGUCAUAAAUCUUCCAAAAUCCUAUAUCAUUUCUUUCAUCACUUUAAUUAUACCCUGAGUAUUGGGGCUGAAGGCUCUCUUUCUGUUUUUGAUUUUGGAUUCAGUUUGAAUUCUGAUUGAGGUUUGAUUUAUGUUGUUCACAAUAACUCUAAUAGUCCUCAGUCCUCCAACAGGUGAAGGGUUGAGGACUGAUAGGGUUAAUGUUUUGGCUUCAUUUUCAGAUUUUAAUUUAGCUGUUGCUUUUUUAGAUGAUAUAUAAGUUUUAAAAAUGUCUUUGUGUUGUAUCCGCAAAGUCAGAAAUUCAUCAAUUUGUUCCUCUCACUAAUGAACUGUUUUUGUGUCUUCAUUUGAAAUUGUUACUAGAA